UUUCGACCUCCUAAUUUUUAUUUCUUCGAAGCACCUUCCAUGGAGUUAGUUUUGAAGUUGACUCGUCACACUCGACUUGUCUCCUUUCGGUUUCGAAACCCCCAGCCAGGAAUUCGUCAAAGCUUUCUUGGAGCAAUUCAGAGGCCGCAUAUUCCUCGUCACAGGAACAAGCGCCCAGGGGCUUGGUGCAAACUCAGUCAUCACCUUAGCUCCCGAAGCCCCGUUACAUCUGAUCCUCGUGAGCAGAAGCAAGAUCAAAGUCGAUUCAGUGAUCCAAGAGACCGCUUCCAUCAACUAAGACAUCAAAAUCACCUUCGUCCCUUGCGAACUCUCUGACUCUCGACUCCGUAAGAUGGGCUGCGGAAGAUAUCAACGCCAACACCUUCAUCCGUCACAUCGACGUAGUGAUCAACAACGCCGGCGUGAUGGCCGUCCUCAAGCUCACAAAGAUAAAGAAGCGAUCGAAAUGAUGUUCUUGGCUAACCAUCUGGGUCACUUUCUCCUCAUCAAUCUCCUCAUGUCCAAAAUCUUCGCCGCGGGACCCGUCGGCCGCAUCGUGAACUUGUCGAGGUCGGCCAUCGCAUCGGCCCCUGCCGGUUCGAUGACUACAACUUCUCCGACGGCAAGCUGUACGAUGGCUGGAGCGCACACGGGCAGUCCAAGACAGCCAACAUCCUGUUAUCAGUUUUACUGGCGGAGAAAUUGGUUAGCAAGGGGAUUCGCUCGUAAUCGGUGCAUCCUGGGGGUAUAUGGGAGACCAAUUUGACCAACCAUGUCAUGGAUGCCGACUGGGAUGAAGUUUCUGCCAUUGCACUACGGAACAACGGGCGGGAUAAGUUCCGAGUUUCUGCGAAGAAAGAUAUAGCGCAAGGUACUUCGCAGAUUCUGACUGCGCCUUUGAAUCCGGCGUUUGAUGAUAAGAGCGGCUCGCACAUUGUGGAA